AUGGAAGUGGUGCAAGACUUUGAAGAAAGUGAUCGAAAGGAUACCGGCAAGGUUCAAGUGAAGAUCACCAGUACAUUCGAGCCUGGCGGCCACUUCUUGCUGUCAUCAGAUCUUCGCUACUCGACGUCAGCUGCCAAGUUCCCACGAGAGAAAAUCUCCCAUUUCGGGACAAAGGCUAGAACAAACAAUGACCUUGCAAUAGUUGCUAUCCUACUCGACCCGAAAUGGCCAACGGUCAUCAUUGAAUCGGGAUGGUCUGAGGCACUGAAUAGAUCGAAGGAAGAUGUUUUGUCCUGGCUAGGCGAAUCAGGCCAGCAGGUCAAUGUCGCACUGACGAUAAGGGUUACUCCGGGGGAGACUGUCACAAUCGAGCGACGGGCACUCAAUAAAACUUUUGUUAAGCCAAUCCAAAUGAUGCAGAUUACUCGAGCGAAGUCCGUUGCCCGAGAUGCCAAUUCUCGUGCUAAAGAACCUGCGGUAGAAUUGAGGGACAUUAACCAGCGAGUCUCCGAGGCCGAGGCCGAGUUCCCAAGGAGGAACAGCGAGACAGAUUGCAUAUAUCAUAUUCCUUCCCUUGAGCUACUGGUAUAA